UCUGAAUACCCCUCCUCUUACUCGAACCGCCACUACACACACAAAGACACAAAGAGACAAAGAGACGAAGAAAACCCACCACAAUGCCGUCCUUCUUCUUCAACGCCACGGUCCUCCAGGCCAAGUCCUACCUCCAGACCCUCCGCCACCUCAUCAACAAGGCCGAGGUGCACGCCAAGGCGACCAACACGCCCUGGGCGGUCUUCACCAAGGCCAGCCUGGCGCCGGACAUGCACGGGCUGCCGUUCCAGGUGCACGCGGCCACGGACGCGGCGCAGCGCCUCGUGUCGCGCGUGCGCGGCGUCGAGCCGCUCGACCUGAAGCACGACGAGGAGGGCCUGGACACGGCGGACCUGCUCGGCGCGCGCAUCGACCAGGUGCUCGCGCUGCUGGAGGAGGCGGCGGCCGACCCCGCCGGCUACGACGCGGGCCAGGACAAGGUGGUUGCGUUUAACCUGGGGCCGGACAUCUCGCUGGAGGCGCCUGUGAGGGACUAUGCGCUGGGGUUCUCGAUGCCGACUGUUGCUUUUCAUGUCAAUGCGACUUUUGCCAUUUUGAGGAACAGGGGGGUGCAGGUUGGCAAGUUGGAUUAUAUUCUUCCUUUCAUAACGGAGAAUCUGCCGCAGUAUCAGGAGAAGUAUGGGCAGAAGUAGGGGAGCCCAGGGGGGGAUGGGAUUUCGGGCAGGUCCAAAAUAGUAAUGAAUAAAAUCAAGUGAAGGAG